UACCUCCAUUUCCUGAGUUGUAAAACCAGCAUACCGCUACUCUGUAAUUUAAAACGCCGUUGUGGGAAAAUGUUGGCGUGACUUCACUGGCUGGGACUCUGAGUGGGUCGCUUAAUGGAACUGCGGAGCCACAUGUAACUAAUCCGCCCUGUUUGGUUUAGAACCACCAUGUCGAUCACGCUGCUGUGGGCCGUAGACGUGUACGGGCGGGUGUACAGCGUCUCCACCGCCGGCCGGCGCUGGGUCCGCGCCGACGACGCACUACUGGAGCUCAAGCGCGUCAGCGCCGGGAAAGAUCGCUGCUGGGGCAUCGGCUGUGACCACCACGUGUACCUCAACAUGAUCCCUCAAGAAACACCCAUCCGCUACAAAGAGGAGACCUAUGAAAACCAGAGGUGGAAUCCCGUGGACGGGUUCACGGACACGCUACUGCCCACCGACCGCUGGCCGUGGAGCGACGUGACUGGGAUGAAUCCUCAACCAUUCGACAGCUUUCGGUUGCCGUCCCGCAGCUGGGAGUGGGAGGGGGACUGGUAUGUGGACCACAGCUGUGGGGGCGAACCCAGUCAGAGCGGGGGUUGGGAAUAUGCUGUCGACUUCCCCGCUAACUUCUCCCCCGACAAGAAAUGGAACUCUUGUGUGCGUCGUCGGCGUUGGAUCCGCUACAGAAGAUACACGGCGCAAGGCACCUGGGCCAAGAUCCCCUCGGCGCAUCCCGGGAAGCCUCCGCUACCUCUCUGUGACAUCAGUUGCGGCGGCUGGGAGAUGAGUGACGAGUCUGGGAGGUACCCUCAACUUUGGGCUGUGUCCCAACAAGGACAGGUGUGGUUCAGGGACGGCAUCCACCCUCGGGUCCCUGAGGGCACCGACUGGGAAGAAGUGGAGGUGCCCAAGGAGGUGUCCCAGCUGUCGUUGGGUCCCAGAGACCUGCUGUGGGCUGCGCUAUGGGACGGCAACCUGCUGGUCCGCGCGGGCCUCAGCCUGGACAGUCCGAUCGGCACGUCGUGGCUGGAGGUGGAGUCACCCCAGAAGGAGGUGGAGACUCUCCAUGUGUCUGUAGGGGUCAGCGUUGUGUGGGUGAUCACUAAAGACUACAAGGUGUGGUUCAGGCGGGGCGUCAAUUCCCACAAUCCCUGCGGCUCGGGAUGGAUCGGCAUUGUCGGCGAGAUGAUGAUGCUCGAUGUGGGGCUCAACGACCAGGUUUGGGCGGUUGGUGAGGACCGCGGUCUGUAUUUCCGAAUUGGGGUGACCCCAUCUGAACCGAGCGGCAACGGCUGGAUCCCCGUAUCCGCCGAGUGGGGCAGCGCUCGAGACACCGUCCCACUCAGGGACGGCUGUGAGCUGAGCAGGCAGCCGGCAGAAGCCUUCCAAGGCUCAGCGCUGAACUGCACCAACUCGGACUUCGAGUUAGGCCCGACGGAGCCGGUGAACAGCACAAGUAACACUCCAGUCCUGGAAGCGGCAGACCCUUCAGUGGUCCCCUUAGGAGGAGCCCCCGUCGCCUCUCAAGAGACAAACAAUGCACCUGCAGCACCUCAAACUUUAAUCCCCGCAAGCGAUAGCUUCAUUAACAGCCUGGUUUCGGACCGCGACAAAAGCUCCUCAAACCAACAGUCGAGCGUCCCGCUUGAGGAGGAAGGGCAGUUCUCCCCGGCACAAAUCGCCCUGAGCCCAGACGCCUUCGGGCCCGGCGCCCCUUGGAGCAACGUGGACUUGGAAGGCGCCGAGGCGGCUCGAAGCACGCUAGCAGAAGGACCCCGCUUGAGCGACGGACUGGGUCUGGACGGUGCACAAGGUGUUGGGGAGGAAGAGGGUCCUGUGUGGGCUUGGAUUUCGGGAGGGGGCUGCAAUGUGGACGCCGCUUCCCAAGUCAGCUGGCUCAGCGCUACAGGUCCACUUGUUAGCUCUUGGUCACUGACCCCUGUGCAGUCUUCAGCCUGGAGCAAUCAGGAGCCCAGAGAGGAGAUCAGCAAGAAACCUCUGGAAAGAAGCAAUUCCGUCUGGGUGCGUAAAGGCACGCUACGUUGGUGGAGGGACUGGAAGCCACAGCGCUGGCUGGACGUGGCUGCGGCUCUGGAACAGUCUACCAAGUCGGACGGCGGGAAGGACAGCAUCUUCUUCAUUUACUACACGCAAUAUGAUGAGAAAAAGUACAUUCACAUCUUCAUCAAUGAGAUAACGGCGCUGGUUCCAGUGGCGCGGGACUGCCACUACGCGUUUGCCGUCUACACAGGCUACAGGACCAGACAGAGGAGUCCCCUGGUCCUAGCGGCCCAAACAGAAAAGGACAUGAAUGACUGGCUGAGCUUGUUGUCAGACGUUUGCUGCGAGUGUCGGGGAAUCGCCACUCCACCGUCCAGGCAGGCCCUGUGGUCCACAACCUCCAAAGGGGACAUUUUUGCCCACGAGCCCUCCUUUUCCCUGGAGGCGGCCACGCACACGCAGUCAUGUGACCUCAUGUUCUGGCGCCAGGUCCCCGGACACAUGCGCUGUGUCGAGGCUAACAGUCUGGGGCUGGUGUGGGGCAUUGGGUGGGAUGGCACAGCCUGGGUGUACAGCGGGCACCCCGGGCGGCAGGCCAACCUGGAAGAUGCGGGUGACGUGCACCAACAGAGUGACAUCAGGAGCAUGCACGUGUAUGAGAAUCAAAGAUGGAACCCCAUGACUGGCUACACGGACAGAGGACUUCCCACCGACCGCCCCAUGUGGAGCGACAAGAGUGGACUGCGGGAGUGCACCAAAGGAAACACCCAGCCACCCUCCCCCCAGUGGGCAUGGGUGUCUGAGUGGGCCGUGGACCACAAUGUUCCCGGUGGGACGGACAAGGAAGGAUGGCAGUAUGCCGCCGACUUUCCCGUAACAUUUCAUGGCCACAAAACGCUGAAGGAUUUUGUCAGGCGAAGAUGUUGGAAAAGGAAGUGCCAGAUCACACUGAGCGGCCCGUGGCGGCCGGUCCCGCCCAUCCCCUUGAGCGACGUCUCCCUGAUGCCCUGCCUGGCCCACAGCAGCAUGGAGCAGGUCCCCCUGUGGGCCCUCAGCGACAAGGGGGACGUGCUGUGCCGGCUGGGCAUCACCCCACAAAACCCGGCAGGAAGCUCCUGGCUUCAUGUUGGCACAGACCAGCCCUUCAAGUCCAUCGCCAUUGGUGGCGCCAAUCAGGUGUGGGCCAUCGCCAAGGACGGAGCAGUCUUCUACAGAGGCUCUGUCUCCCCGCAAAACCCUGCAGGAGAAUGCUGGUAUCACAUUCCCUCUCCAUCCCGCCAGACCUUGAGACAAUUGUCUGUGGGGCGGACGUCCGUCUUUGCUGUGGAUGAAAACGGCAACCUGUGGUACAGACAGGGCCUGACCCCGAGCUACCCUCAAGGUUCGGCUUGGGAGCUCAUCUCCAACAACGUCACCAAAGUCUCGGUGGGGCCUCUGGACCAGGUGUGGAUGAUCGCAGAUGCAAUGGCGGGCUUCCCCGCAGAGGCACCAGGAGCUGUUUGCCACAGGCUGGGUGUCGGACCCAUGCAGCCCAAAGGUCAACGGUGGGACUACGGCAUAGGGGGAGGAUGGGAGCACAUCAGCGUGCGGGCCAACUCGGUGGAGGCCCCCCGCACGCAGCAGGCGCUUGCCGCCGGACCUCCGUCGCCCCGCAGCCGGCUCCCCUCGCGAGUCAACGGGGCCGCCGCGAGUGUGUAACGUGAGCGCCACAAUUGGAAAUGCGCAAUCGUCAUCACACGGGUUGUGUGGGGAAUCGCUCAGUGAGUGAAGAAUUCCAAACACAGGCCCAAUGACAUUUUCUGUACUUGGACAACUAGCUGACAAAAAAGGGAAUAUUAUGAAAUCUUGUGCAUGUGUGCAUCCUUUUCUGCUAUUCAAACGCAAAAUAUUCGGUCAACAUUGAUUAAGGGCUAAAAGUCUCAAAACAUCCUAAAUGGUCUGCGAUUGAUUUGUUUUGGGGUCUCGUUGUUUAUUGUGCAUGUUAUUUAUGUUAUUUAUGUCUUGUGCUUGUCUGAUGUACUUUUUGGGCCUGUUUGCACCCCGCCCCCAAAGACACAAACAAGAUAUAACACAACUGUACAUACAGAGAAACAAUGGGAUGGACACUUCCUGGACUCUGCAAUAAUAAUUCUAAUAAUAAAAAUAAAGAGAUCUUCCUGUUAGCAUCAAAUGCAUCAA